AUGACGAUGAUCUCCCUCACCGGCUUCACCGCCCUAUCUGCCGGCCUCCUGCUCAUCUUCGUCUCCUCCUUCCUGCUGCAAGCUCAAGGAGGCAGCAGCAGCGAGGAGUCGUCGUACGUGCCGGUGCGGAGAGUGGUGUACCGGUCCAUGUCACCGGCGGCUGCGGCUGCGAUGACAGAAGCGGCGGCGGCGCCGUACGAGCCGUUCGAGGUGUGCCAAGGCUGCCGGUGCUGCUCGUCGUCGUCUAACAGCAGCAGCUGCGUGGACACGAGCUGCUGCUAUGCCAUCGACUGCGACCUCCCCGGCAAGCCCUACGGCACCUGCGCCUUCACUCCGCAAACCUGCGGCUGCGGCGCCGCCAACAACUGCACCCAGCCGUCGUCCUGA